AUGGCAUGUACCACGGCACAUAUAGGUGGGGGGGGCAGGAGUCCAGGUGGGCAGGUCCGUGCCCACGCGCUUACGGUCACCGUGCCAGAGGCUGCUGACCCUGCAGCGCGCAGGCACCCCUUGCACAGGCCGUCUACAGCAACCAGUGCCCCAUUGCCACUCACCACGUCCUCCAAGGUGGCGCCGAGGGCCUCCAGGCCAUGCGCCACGAUCUCCAGCGCCGUCCUGGCCUGGGCAUAUGGGUCGCGCUUGUGCAGCACGUUGCCAGUGCUCUGCUCCACCGACGACGUGCCUGCAUUGGGGCCACUUGAGUUGUGA